GCAGAAGUGCAUUGCAUGUUCUUCUCUCUUAAGGCUGUUAGUAAAUACGUUAUUAGCAAAAAUGCAUAUCAGGAAUAUGUUUCUACUAGUGUUGAUUAUAGUGAUGCAUGAUUAUAUACUGCAUGGUCCUUUUUGCUGGUAUUGCUGCUGAAGCUCUGGUUUAUGGUGAGGCUGAGGGUGGAGAUGAUGAAAACAUGUUUCACAGCAUCUGUGUCCUUCUGCAACUGCCAUUGUCUGUGGCUCAGCAUGCUCAUCGAGCUGCUGUCAGAGCUUUGGAAAGUGGUGGUAGUCUUAGUAUUGUAAUUAGGAGGAUUGAGCAAGCCAUGUCUUCUGGCAGAUGAUGUGCAGAAGUACAUAAACAUGCUGGUUUCUGUGGUCCAAUGGAGUUCAAGAGUUAAAUGUUCUAUAUGCACCUAUAGGAAGGCUUAGAUAACCAUCGUCUGUUCUUGUAUGGCUGGGCAUGGUGAACUGAGGCAUGGAAGUUCUGAAGCAUUACUCUGAUUAUUAUUCUCUACUCUUUUCCGUACUAAAUACUAAUUGCAUGU